AUGUCGUUCAUCUACAACUACUUCGCCUGCGACAACUCUACCCCUUCCGAGAAGGAGAACGCCGCCGCCUUGAAGGCCAUCAUCAAGACCCACAAGUCCGCCCUCAAGUCCGAGAUCAAGCAGUAUGACACCGACUGCAAACAGGCCGUCAAAGAAGCCGAAGCCGAGUACAAGCGUGUCAAGAAGCAGGCCGAGGAUACCAUGUACCGCCAAACACUGGAUGCAGUCAACCGCGAGAUCGAGGUCAUUAUGGCGACGGACGAGUACAAGGGGUCGGAUGAGAAGACCAAGGCCAAGAUUGUUCAGUUCCAGUCAUGGGUUGGGUGUGUCGGCAUGUCGUGCUGUGGUGCUGCUUGCGGUGGAGAAAAGAAGGAGCAGGAGCAGGAUCAGGAGAUGGCAGAGAAGGAGGUGUUGUUCGAUGAGAAGCACCAGGAGCAGGAACAGGAGCAGCAGGGGCUUCCUUCGUACCGAGAUGAUACCUCGUACGCCAGUGAGAAGGACGUCCUCCUUUCUGCAUAG